AUGGUUCCUAGCAUGACAGAGGAGAGGCAAGAGGGGGAAGCCGGGCUUGUGUCCCUCCUCCUGCAGCUUGACUCGCCUCCUCCCCCUCCCCCUCCCUCAAGGUUACUACAAAACACCAACCCUGGAAACUUUACGAAGGAUGUGCGCCGGACACAAACACUAGACUCAAUGGUCUGUAGGAUCACGGCCUCGGACUUCGGAAUGUAUCUAGCCGACGAGGAGCGUGGCCCAACGAUGCAGGUACGGGGCCCUCCGAUCGAAGGGCAGAUCGCUUGGGCUCUCGAGCUCUGGUGGCCGGGAACGAGCUAA